GCUUCCCUCCCCGGCAGCAGCUGUCAUGCGCCUGGCCGUGGAAAGACUACAACUCCCAUGAGCCCCGGCGUGCGCCUGCGCACUCUCCUCCCAGUUGUCAAAGUGCUCUUGGCGAUCGGUCGCUGGCUCGCCUGCAGUAGGCAAAACGAAAGAAGGACCCCAAGCAUUGUUCUAUCGAUCUUUGCAAGUGAUCACACAUAAGCCGUGCGAGCCAUGCAGGAUGACUUACUGAUGGACAGAACCACAUCUCAGCAGCAGCGACAGCAUCAGGCAGCAGCCCCCGGCGUACCCCCGCCUCAGCAGCAGCACGACCUCAGCCCAGAAGCCCCCCGUGCCGCCGAUACCCCCAGUCCCGACAACACUGUCAAUAGCACCCCCAGCUUGAAAGAGAAGAUGCAGAUGGAGUCUCCCAUCCUGCCCGGGCUGAGCUUCCCCCAACCUGGCCAGCAGGAGUCCCCCACCACCGGCUCUUCCCUGUCCCCAUCAUUCGGGAGCACCUGGUCCACUGGAGGCACUGGCAGCACUGCUGUGGAUGACAGCUUCUUCCCAGGGAUGACCCCUGUCAAUGGGACCAUGCUCUUCCAGAACUUCCCCCACCACCACCACCCCCACCACCACCACCAUCACCAGGUCAGCCCAGUAUUUGGGGGCACCUUCUCCCCACCCAAUCUGGGACUGGCCCAUCAGACUCAGCAGCAGAGGAGAUCCCCUGUGAGCCCCAAUAACCAGCCCCCCUACAGCCAGAGGAACGCCUACAGUCACCAGGCUAUCCUGAGCAAUAAGCCCCCAUCUUCCUCAUCCUCUCCCUCCAGCUGGAAUAACCAGCAGAAUGCCGCCUGGAAUAACCCCGCCAACCCCUGGAGUGGGCUGCAGCCUGGCAGAGACCCCCGAAGGGCAGUAGGAGUUGGGAUGCCCUCGCCACUCAAUCAGAUUUCUCCGUUGAAGAAGCCUUUCUCCAGCAAUGUGAUUGCACCCCCUAAAUUUCCCAGAGCCUCGCCUUUGGCUCCCAAAUCCUGGGUGGAGGACAACGCUUUCAGGACGGAUAAUGGCAAUAACCUGUUGCCCUUGCAGGACCGGAAUAGACCCUAUGACUCUUUUAACUUGCACUCUUUGGAGAAUUCAUUAAUGGAUAUGAUAAGGACUGAUCAUGAACCUCUAAAAGGUCGAAUGGGGAUAAAUUUCCAUCACCCAGUAACUGACAACAUAAUGGCACUUAACACCAGGAGCUAUGGUCGUAGACGAGGUCGGUCCUCACUAUUCCCCUUUGAAGAUGGCUUCCUGGGUGACAGCCACGGUGACCAGUCCUUGUCAUCUGGUUUGAGUUCUCCAACACACUGUCAGAACGGUGAACGGGUUGAGCGCUACUCGCGAAAGGUGUUUGUCGGAGGACUACCUCCAGACAUCGAUGAAGACGAGAUCACUGCAAGCUUUCGGAGAUUUGGUCCUUUGGUGGUGGAUUGGCCCCAUAAAGCAGAAAGCAAAUCUUACUUUCCCCCGAAAGGUUAUGCCUUCCUGCUCUUUCAAGAGGAAAGUUCCGUGCAAGCGCUGAUUGAUGCCUGUUUAGAAGAAGACGGCAAGCUCUACUUGUGUGUAUCCAGCCCUACCAUCAAGGACAAACCUGUCCAGAUCCGUCCCUGGAAUUUGAGCGAUAGCGACUUUGUGAUGGAUGGCUCUCAACCAUUGGACCCUAGAAAAACCAUAUUUGUUGGGGGUGUCCCGCGACCCUUGCGAGCCGUUGAGCUGGCAAUGAUCAUGGAUCGUCUGUAUGGGGGAGUCUGCUACGCUGGCAUAGAUACAGAUCCCGAAUUGAAAUAUCCGAAGGGUGCAGGACGGGUGGCAUUUUCCAAUCAGCAGAGCUACAUUGCAGCAAUCAGUGCUCGAUUUGUUCAACUGCAACACAACGACAUUGAUAAACGGGUGGAAGUGAAGCCAUACGUGCUGGACGACCAGAUGUGUGAUGAAUGCCAGGGCACGCGCUGUGGUGGAAAGUUUGCCCCAUUCUUCUGUGCCAACGUUACCUGCCUGCAGUAUUAUUGCGAGUACUGCUGGGCCAGCAUCCACUCCCGUGCUGGCAGAGAGUUCCACAAACCACUGGUGAAAGAAGGAGGGGAUCGGCCCCGCCACGUCCCGUUCCGCUGGAGCUGAGCACUCGUCACUCUCGGGCUGCCGCGGAGGUUGAGUGGAAACUAAUUCCGAUCCCUCAUAUCUAUGAAAGAAAAUCAGUCAUUAUGUUCUUUUGUAUUAUAAAUGUUAUUAUUUACAGCCACCUUACUGAACUUAGUGUCCAGUAUAAUGCAAACCUGCAGAGUAUAACUGUUUUUUUGAAUUUUGCACUUUGAUAUAUAAUAUCUCUGUAUAUCUGUUUGGUACCUUAAUUUCCUGCACAGGAGUAUUGUCAGUAGAGACCUCUCAGUAGACUUGGUGCAAGUUCCUCUCCCGUACAGGUUGUUGUGGGUGUGAAGAAUUUCUGUUCAAAGCUCUGGAGCAUGUACUUAAGUAAAGUCUGAUUCACAACUAAUAUAAUCCUAACCCAUAGAAGACGACUUACCAAAGGCCUCAUUAAGUGCAAGAUGUAGCAAAAAUCAUCCAGAAAUGUCAGUCUUACUCUCAUAAUCCAUGCAAUGAGAUAUAGUGAUUCCCUUCACUGCUCUAUGAACCUACAUCUUUAGCUUAUAUGGGUAUUUAAGAACCCUGUGUUUUUUUAAUAUGCUUAAGUUAAAAACAGAAUAAUAUCUUAUACAGUAAAUCAAUUUUCUUUUUAUUAUUAUUGUUAAUGAGCAGGUUUGAAAGAAGUAGACCUUUUUAGUGUUAUGUAAAUGGAUGCUGCAAUAGCUUUUGCUGCUAUUUAAAAAAAAAAAUGGUAUUUACAAUACCAGAAUACUCUAUUCAGGCUAGGGUAUCUGUGAUUUAAAAACAAAUAUAUAUAUAUAUAUAUAUAUAUAUAUAUAUAAUGUAUAAUUUAAAAUGAAGUUAAAGAGCUGCUGAAAACUGAUAUAGAGAACUUCCGAGGAAGGUCGCGUUUUUUCGUUUCUCGAUGCAUGUUUGAUACGUCAGAUUACUGCAUGCAAUAAUAUUCUACAUCAUAUACAACUUGACCACAAUGCACAAACUAACGAAGUGUCUACAGAAGACAAGCAAGUACUAAAUAACUAUCCAACCAAUGACUGGAGGAAGGCAUGUCUGAUGAUCUGUAAUGCAUCUUAAAAAAAAAAAAAAAAUCGGGACAGUUACAUACAGAUUUAUUUAGCUGUAUUAACUACCAAUAAUUAAAAUAGACGUAGGAUAUUAAGUGAAAAAAAGAAUAAAGGAUGGUAGAUUAAAAAGAGAAAAAAAAAUGCGGUGCUCUGUUUAUAUUGUGCAAUUUUAUUUUAUGUAGUAAACUGAUUGUCGUGUACUGUGAUCAGGUGUAACUUAAGGCCUCUGUGUAUAAUCUGACAGCUCGUUAGCUGGUAGCUAAACAGAAACAUGAGCUCUUUCUUGGUUACAAAUCCCUAUUUUUUUGUAUUAGUUGUUUGAUUUUUUUUAUUAUUAUUAUUAUUAUUAUUAUUAUUAUUUUUUUAUAUUAUAUUUCUAUAGAAUAUUUUUCUAGCUCUUUUAGCCCCGCCUCAGCACACUAAUUCCAGUUUCUCCUAUUCUUGAGACACUACCAAACAUAAUUGGGAAUAUUAUCUGUUGGGCUUACAUGCAAGGCACAAGGAUUGCUAAAGAAAUGUCUGCCCUAAAAAAUAUAUAAGGGGUAAUGUUUUGGUUUUUCGAAUGACAAACAAAAUUUUUAUCCUGGACAUAUCCUGUGAAGCUUGAAGAGUUUAGUCCUGCUAACAGUGGGCAUUUAUUUAGCACAAGGCUGUUUGUUCUGCAGAUAAUAUACAUUAGUGUACAAUGACUUUAUGUACACAUACUCUUCUUCAAGAAACAUCCCAAUUUCAAAGAUUAACCACAGAGGUAGUGCUGUAAUCUGCAAAAGAUAGCAUGUCUGUACACACAGAGCAUGGUUAUGUAUCAUGUCCCAAAAGGAUUUUCUGCAUUUUAAUCCUUUCAGGGUUCAACAUUAUUUAUUGAAAUUUGUUUUCCCUUAUAUUUGUUUAUAUGUUAAGUUGCAAAUGAAUAGACAUAAAAAUAUUUUUAUAUUUUUCUUAUUAUUUUUGCUUAAGAAUGUUGUAUUCAAAUAAUAAAAACAAUUCUGGGGUUACAUUUGUAAUGUAGCCCCUAAAAAAUCAUGUAUGUUUGCAUAUCUUUUUGGAGCUAAUUGAAGAUGAAACUUUUUUUCAAAAGGUUAUUUGGUCUCCUUUUUUGUCAUCUGUAAAAUGUAUUAUGUUAUGCACUACUCUUUGUAUCUUGGGCAGUUUUCACAGUCUGCUUUUUUUUUUUUAAGAGAAUCUUUUUGACAUGAUCUUUUGCAAUACCUCAAAUUUUGAAUAUAGGAAAGAAAUAUUUUCUAAGUAAGUUUAUUCAGAAAUAUAUAUAUAUUUAAUUUUUUUGCAAAAAAAGUGAUUUAAUAUUGUAAUUUUCAUUUGUUUCCAUGCUUAUAUGUUUUAUUUAGGUUGUUUUUUUGCUAGAAUUAAGGAAAUUCGAGCUAAGCAAACUUAUAUUAUAACAUGAUGAGACAAAAAAAAAUCUACCUAAUUGCGUGAAGAUUCAGAACCAUAUACUGUACUUUGGAAUCGAAUAUGCACACAGCAUAGUGUAUAACAAUGUUAUAUUUGGUGCUCAUUGCUAGAAUUGGAAAGUGACAAAAAUAUGUAUCGUUUCCCUUCAUUUGUAUAUUUAUAAUCAAGUGUUGAUUAUGCAUGACUGACCAGAAUUGUGAAAGAUUUCUUCUAUUUGUAUUUUUUUUAAUGAAUACUUUUUUUAAAUUGGUUAAAUUAUAAAAUUUCUUCUUACUUCUGUUCCCCAAUUUGUAAAUUUGUUUGCCCCAAAAGCUUUCAAUAUUCCACGAUAAUCUAUUUGCUGUAAGAGGAAUCCGCAAUUCGUUUUUGCAUGACCCUCUUACAAAUGAGUGG